AGAGCAGGCACUUUUCCCUCGUCGGUACCGAAUUGUGGACCCUUUCUGUUUCAAUCGACUGCCUGCUGCGAGCGCAUCCCUCCUGGCUUGCGAUUGCUGAAUCCUACGGUGUCGUGGUGGUUCACUUAUCACUUCCCUGCUCCUCGCCGACCGAGCUCCGCUUCGUCAUUGCCUAUCAACAGUCGCCCCAUCGUCCCCAGCCACCGUGGUCUCCAUGUCGCUGUUCGGCAACUCGCCGGAGGACUCUCCACUGGCCAACUCGGUCCAGCGGUCUAAGUCCUCCCUGUUCGCAGACGAGCCGUCCUAUGGCGGUAAUCCUGGCAAUGCCAGCUCCUCCCUUUUCGCGGACGACGACAGCUCCAGCUCGCCCUGGAUGAGUAAUACCAACAAGAGGACAUCGAAAAGCGAAAUUGUGAAGACCCUGCUUCCAGAUUCGGAUGUCCCUGAGAGCUACAUAGAUGCAUACGAUCUAGUUCUUAGUGCGGGGGAUCGCGUUGGGACCGGUGUCGGCUUGACGUCCGUUCGGGAAAUACUGUCGGGCAGUGGCCUGAGCGCUACCGAUCAGGCGAAGAUACUCAAUCUCGUUAUCUCAGGUGACAGUGACAGCUCUAAUGGUCUUGGCCGUGGAGAGUUCAGUGUUCUGCUAGCGCUCGUGGGUCUUGCGCAGGAAGGCGAGGACCUUACGUUUGAUGCGGUGGACGAUCGACGCAAGAAGCUCCCAGUGCCGAAAAGCUCUUACUUCGACGCUUUGCGCGCUAAACAAGAAUCGGCUACACCUGUCCAGUCGCAAGAACGUCCCGCCACACCCCCUCCUUCCUCUACCGUCUUACGAGAACCGAGCUCGACACAGUCGCGACGAUCUGCCCGAGGGUCGAUGGGUAGCUUAGAUGCCGAUCCGUGGGGUAGCCCGCAGCUACAUCGCGGCCAUGCUCAUACACAGACUGAAUCCGAACACGCCGUGCUGAACGGGUUUGGAAGCGUGCGAUCGGGGACGAAUGCCUGGUCUAGUAGAGUCAGUGAAGGAAACGAUCCACACGAAGCGUCAAAUGGCAACCGUGCCAAUGGCCGGGCAGGCGCAGCCCCUACAACCUCGGGAUUUGGAUGGGGCGAGAGUCUGGGAAAUACAUCCGACGGAGCUGGUACUGGUGGUCUGGGAGGGCCUGUCCGAGCUGGACUUGGAGGCUUCGGCUCCUCCGGGAGUGAACAGGGCGAGCCCAAUCCCCGCCGGCGCUCGUUGGGAAUAGGCCGGGUCAGCAGCCCCCGUCUAGAGGAAGUGAUAACGAUAACGCUGCUCCCGGAGAAGGAGGGCGUGUUCAUGUUCCAACAUCGCAAUUACGAGGUAAAAUCGGCUCGUAGGCAAAGCACCGUGGUGCGGCGAUAUAGCGAUUUUGUCUGGCUACUGGACUGCCUCCAUAAACGAUACCCAUUCCGGCAGUUGCCUUUACUUCCACCGAAAAGACUAGCAGUCAAUGGCACUCACCUUGCAGCGGAUUCCAAUUCCUUCCUUGAGAAGCGUCGCAGAGGACUCGUCCGAUUCACUAAUGCCCUCGUUCGUCAUCCGGUCCUGAGCCAGGAACAGCUGGUAAUAAUGUUUCUGACUGUUCCCACGGAACUUUCGGUAUGGCGCAAGCAAGCCACGAUAUCGGUCCAGGACGAAUUCACAGGCCGAGCGUUGCCACCCGAUCUGGAGGACUCCUUGCCAUCGGACCUGACGGACAUGUUCGACACUGUCCGUAGUGGGGUCAAGAGGUCUGCCGAGGUGUAUAUCAAUUUAUGCACAUUGCUGGAGCGAUUGGCCAAGCGCAAUGAGGGGCUUGCCGCGGAUCAUUUGCGCUUCUCCCUCGCGCUCCAGUCUCUUACCGAAAUGACCCGGGAUACCUAUGCUUUCGACACUAACGACGUGCCGUUGCUCAACGAAGGUAUCAAGGCCACCGCGCGGCAUCUUUCCGCCAGUCAGAGCUUGCUGGAGGAUGAAGCGCGGGCCUGGGAGGAAGGGAUGCUGGAGGACCUCAAACGGCAGAGAGAUUGCCUGGUCGGCGUCCGGGAGAUGUUUGACCGGCGAGACCGUUAUGCACGCAAUAACAUCCCCCAGUUAGAACGUCGGAUUGAGACCAACGAGAGGAAGUUACAGGAACUUCGGGCCCGCCCUCAGGGGGGCGGCAAGCCAGGGGAAAUUGAGAAAGUGGAGGAAUCGAUUUUCAAGGACAAGGAAUCGAUUGUGCAACAGCAUGCACGUGGGGUGUUUAUCAAGGAGUGCAUUCGUGACGAGCUCAUGUAUUUCCAACAGAGCCAGUAUCACAUCAGCCGGCUUCACCAGGACUGGAGCCAGGAGCGGGUGAAGUAUUCGGAGCUGCAGGCUGACAAUUGGCGGUCACUAAGCGACCAAGUGGAGGGAAUGCCGCUGGGCGAUUAAAGGCUGGCUUUCAGUUCCGUCGCUCUGCGCGCGUAUGUCUCCUUCAGUGUGACUUAUUUAUAUAUAUCGGUGGUUUUCUAGGUCCUUGUCAUUAUGUCCCC